UGUCCGCACGCCGGAGGGAGCCGGCGCCUGUCCUCGUCUGCAACCCUCCAGUCCCCUGCUGCCUCCUUGGCCCUCGGCAGGCGCCCGGCCCGGCAGUCCCCACAGACCAGGCAGUUCCCCGUGCGCCAUGCAGGCGCGCGCGCUGCUCCUGGCCGCGCUGGCCGCGCUGGCCGCGCUGGCAGAGUUGGCAUUGGCGCAGGAGCUCACGGCGCCGUCGUGCUCCGAGCGCUGCAACGUGUCGCGGUGCCUGAGCCCCCGCUGCCCCAGCGGCUACAUGCCGGACCGCUGCAAGUGCUGCUUGGUGUGCGCCGCUGGCGAGGGCGAGCCCUGCGGUCGCCCGCUCGACUCGCCGUGUGGGGAGAGCCUGGAGUGCGCGCGUGGUGCGUGUCGCUGUCGCUGGAUACAUGCCGUGUGCGGUACCGACGGGCACACCUACGCCAACGUGUGUGCGCUGCUGGCGGCCAGCCGACGCUCGCUGAAGCUCACGGGGAUGCCCGUGCGCCAGCUGCAGAAGGGGGUCUGCCCGUCAGAUCUCCACCAGCUGACCAGCCCAAGGUACAAGUUCAACUUCAUUGCCGACGUGGUGGAGAAGAUCGCUCCAGCCGUGGUGCAUAUCGAUGUCUUCCUGAGACACCCUCUGUUUGGCCGCAACGUGCCCAUGUCCAGUGGCUCGGGCUUCAUCGUGUCUGAGGCCGGCAUGAUCGUCACCAAUGCCCAUGUGGUGUCCAAAACCAACGCCGUCUCUGGCCAGUGGCAGCUCAAGGUACAGCUGCAAAAUGGGGAUGUCUACGAGGCCACCAUCAGGGACGUCGACAAGAAGUUGGACAUCGCCAUCAUCAAGAUCCACCCCACGAGAAAGCUUCCUGUUCUGGUGCUGGGCCACUCGGCAGAUCUGCGCCCCGGGGAGUUUGUGGUGGCCAUUGGCAGCCCCUUCGCCCUGCAGAACACGGUAACCACUGGCAUUGUUAGCGCAGCCCAGCGGGACGGCAAGGAGCUGGGCCUGCAGGACUCGGACAUGGACUACAUCCAGACAGACGCCAUCAUCAACUUCGGGAACUCCGGAGGACCACUGGUGAAUCUGGACGGUGAGGUCAUUGGCAUCAACACGCUCAAGGUUACAGCUGGCAUCUCCUUUGCCAUCCCCUCGGACCGCGUUGCACACUUCCUCGCUGAGCUCCAAAACGAGCACGUUAAAGACUUGAAGAAGCGGUUCAUCGGCAUACGGAUGCGGACCAUCACACCCAGCUUGGUGCAAGAACUGAAGGCCAACAACCUAAACUUCCCAGAAGUCAGCAGUGGGAUUUAUGUGCAGGAGGUUCUUCCAAACUCUCCUUGUCAAAGAAGCGGCAUCGAAGAUGGCGACGUCAUCGUCAAGGUCAAUGGGCGCCCCUUGGUAAACGCCAACGAUAUGCAGGAGGCGGUACUGACAGAGUCACAGCUCCUGCUGGAGGUGCUCAGGGGCAGUGAGAACCUGCUCUUCAGCAUCUCGCCCGAGGUGGUCCUGUGAGGUGGGUGUUGCCCCAGCGCCUGGCCAGAGCCUGCGAUGACGGACAAGGGUCCCAGGCCUAGGAGCCUAAGGCAUGCCAACCAGACAAAGGACCGUGCUCGGUCCUCAGCAGAGCCGAAACCCGCGCCCCCCACCCCAGAGGGCCAGAGGCCGGGCCAAGGCUCUGACAUCAGCCUCAGGGGUGCUGGCUCCCUGUCCCGGUGCCUGAGAGGGCCACACGAUGCCUCUGGGGUGGCCUUCCAAGGUUUUGGGUAUCCAGAAGUGACUUCUGUAGCUCUCCUACGUCCCCUUGCCUUCGCACCUGUUGGUACUGCCCUCUGAAAUGCCCCCCUGCUCCUCCUGCCCCGCCCUGCCCUGGCAUGCUCUCCCCUCCCGGCCUUCCCUAGGGAAGGCCUCCUGGGCUCCAGCAUCCCUCUGCCCCCAUGCCCCCCCACACUGUGACUGGGGACUGUCCGCCCCACCGUCCGGAGCCCUGGCAGGCAGGACCACCUCCGGCUCCCCCUUAGCAGGCGGGGCCUGGCCGGGUGGCCGGGCACCCCGUGGACCACAAGGAGCUUGGCCUUCCAGGUUUCCUUCACAUUCAGGAGGGCAGCAUCCCAGAGGCGAACUUGGGGCCAAGGCACAGGUAGCAGGACCUGUGGGGAGAGGGCACCAUGCAAGGACUGAGCCAGCUUCACCCCCUACACCACGCUGGGGUGGAGCAAUUGCUUCUAAGGUGCCUUCUGUCUCAUUGGGGACACCUGUUUCGGGGUACAUUGUGAGCUUCCCUGUAAAAUAAAGUCACAUGUUGCUUGUA